AUGGUUCGCCCUCGCGGAAGCUCAAACCUCGGGGUGGACAUUCGCGGCGACACCAGUGCGCCGGCAUUGUCCACCAUGAAUGAAGUCAGUCCGAUUGAGCCCUCCUCGCCAGGGCUGGGAAAGCAAUUGGACUCGCAAAUACAGACACAGGCCCACGACAAGUCCGGCAAGACACAUUCAAAGCGCCGCCGAACCCGCUCGUAUCUUCACCGUUUCGCCGACACCUGCCUCAACGCCAUCUUCCUCUCCUACCCGCAACCCCCGAAGACCCCCGGCGGUCCCAUCAUGUACGGAAAGGGAAAGAAGGAUAUCGCCUUCGUCGCGUUCUACACCGUCGUGCUCUCCUUUACGCGCGAGUUCAUGAUGCAGCAGGUCAUUCGUCCGUUGGCCAAACGGUGCGGAAUCAAGGGCCGAGGUAAGACCGCCCGCUUCAUGGAGCAGGUCUACACAGCUAUGUACUUUGGCAUUUUCGGUCCGUUCGGUCUGUACGUCAUGAAACGGUCGACCCUCUGGUACUUCAACACGACCGCCAUGUUUGAGGGUUUCCCCCACCGUGAACACGAGUCGUAUUUUAAGGCCUACUAUCUGCUCGAGGCUAGUUACUGGGCACAGCAGGCGAUUGUCCUGAUGCUGCAGCUGGAGAAGCCGCGCAAGGAUUUCAAGGAGCUGGUUGGACACCACAUCAUUACCCUCGCCCUCAUCGGACUGAGUUACCGUUUCCACUUCACCUAUAUAGGUCUGGCCGUAUACAUCACUCACGACAUCUCGGACUUUUUCCUCGCGACUUCCAAAACGCUGAACUAUCUCGAUGCGUACAUCACACCCCCUUACUUCGGCACCUUUGUUGGAGUUUGGAUCUACCUGCGUCACUUCCUCAACCUGAAGAUCCUCUGGGCCGUCCUAACCGAGUUCCGCACCGUCGGACCCUUCGAGCUGAACUGGGAGACGCAGCAAUACAAGUGCUGGAUCAGUCAAUACAUCACCUUCGGCCUGCUCGCCAGUCUGCAAGCCGUCAACCUGUUCUGGCUCUUCCUCAUCCUCCGCAUUCUGGCAAACUAUAUCUUCACCAGCGAGACCAAGGACGAGCGAAGCGACGACGAGGAAGAAGAAGAGGAAGAAGAAACUCAGGUCGAGGCCGAGAGCAAGGCCACUCUGACCACCGGCGUCCAGCAGGAGAACCAAACACCUCAAGUGAUGGUCAACGGCGAGCCCGUGACCGAGCAGCGCGGUCCCCGGACACGCAGCAGGAAGGCCUAA